UUCAAUGUCUAGAUAUUCUUUUAUUUUAAAAGUUUUCAUUUUUCAAAAAGAAAAAAUGAUCUAUCUUGAUUAUUUUAAUGAUGAAUUUAAAGUUAUCAAUAUGAAAACUUUAAAAGAAAAUAAUAAUUUUGCUUGGGAUGAUGAAACUUAUUAUAUUCUUGAAAAAGAAGUAAAAUAUAAAUUAUUUUAUAAAAAUCAAGUUAUUUGUUAUAUUGAAGAAGAAAAAUUAAUAAUUGAAAAAGAAUUUAGAAAAUUCAUGUUAAAAUUAGUUGAUUUUGAUAAUUCUUUUAAACUCUUAGAAAUUGUUAAAGUUGAAAAUGAAAAAAAAGAGUAUCUUGAUUUUUCUAAUAAAAAUUUAAAGAUUACGGAUUUAAGAACUGGUAAAGAUAAUGACGAGAUGCGUUUAUAUGAAAUUGAUGAUAAAAAGUUACCUAUCAUGCGGUUGAUGUUAAACAAUAUUAUAGAAUUUAUUAUAAAAAUCAAACUAUUAUUGAUUUUAUUAAUGGAGAAUUUAUGA